GCCACUUGGACCUCACGCGUACAUUAUAGUAUCUCACAUUCACUCCAACAAUUUACUAUAAGUUAAGUCCUAUCAGCGAUUAUAGUGCGAGUGCUAAAGGUUAUUGUACCAAACACGUGUAAGAAGUAUCCGAACGAGGACCGACGACACCCGAGUCAGUUACAGCCAGUUCUCUUACUAUAGCGAGCAAAAACUUGCGUCAGUUCAUGUAAACAAUUACUCUAUUAAUUUAUUUAUUGAUUAUUAAUUAAAGUUCAUACAAUUUAUUACUGAAAGAUAAUUAUCAAAUAUAUUAAUUGAAUUUAGACAGAAAAUUUAAAUUGAAAAAUUUUUUCAAUAGUCCGCAUUCUUUUGCUGAUAAAUUAUUAUCGUCGUAAAAAAACUCGCAUCGAGUUUGCGCACUUGGUUCGUCAAAACGGAAGAGAUUUUUUUAAUAAUAACGGGGAUAAAAAAAUUUAAUGUUACAAGUCAGCUAAAAAUAAAAAAAUAAAAUAUUCGAAAUUUUUUAUCUCAACGUAUUUUAAAAAUAAUUUUUAUUUCGUAAAAUAUAAAUAAAAUGAGUGGGCAGAAAAAAUUGCGACUGGAUAACAUAGAAAAUAAACAUAUUAAAUUUUAUAUAGAAGCGCAUAAUGCAUAUAUUGAUAUGAGAUUUAUUUACAACUCAAUAAUAGAAGACUGGACAUUUCUGCACACAGCAGUCGAUCAAUCUGAUGAAGAUUUAGUUGAUUAUCUUUUAAAAAAAGGAGCUGACCCAAAUAUAAAUGUUAAAAUUUAUGGCACUCCUCUUCAUGUGGCCGUAAAAAAGGGUAAUUUAGAAAUCAUAAAAAAUUUAUUGAAACAUGGCGGGGAUAUAAAUGUGUGCGGUGACAUGUGUGAAAAUUUUACGGUACUUGAGUAUGCUGUCCAGCAUGAUCGUAUUGAGGCUUAUAAAAUUUUAAGCGAUAGGGUGAAUACGUUAGAUCCUAUUUUGAUGUGCAUCGCACUUAAAUACAAUAGUAAAAAAAUAUUGGAUGCAUAUUUGACGGAAAAUGUCGAAGCAAAUUAUCGAUCAAAAGAUUAUGGAUCAUUUCUUCAUUGCGCGGUCCAUGGCGGUAACUUAGACGCAAUUGAACGACUGAUAAAAUAUGGUGCAGACAUAAAUUAUGCGUGUAGUUACAAUAAUGGUACGGGUUUAUGGGACUACAGUGAUUUGACAGCAUUGCAAGUUGCUGUAAUUUUUAAUAAAAUGAAAGCUGUAAAAUUAUUGAUACAGAAACAUGCUGAUGUUAAUAUAUGCGCAGAUGAUGACGAAGCAGCAUUGAGUUUGGCUGUUUCGAUGACUUGUCACGAUGAUGUUAUCAAUGAUCUUCUUUAUGUGGGUGCUGAUAUUGGGAAAAUUGAUUUAUCGAAAUAUGUGGGACGAGAGUCAAUUAAAAAAUUGAUUAAAAAACAAGCUGUUAAAUUGAAUGUCGCUAAAUUGUAUGUCAGUGAAAAACAUUUAAAAACUAUUGCCGAUGACAGGGAAUUGAUUAAUUUUCGAAAUCGCUGUAUUGAGGAAAUAAAAGAUAUGAAAAAAAUAAUAAUCAGUAUGUCUAGUGUUAACUUUUAUAGUUUGUUGAGAAAAAAUUAUCAUCAAUUGGCGCUGUAUGCUAUGAAUGAUGUGAUUAGAUCAGCGGUUUUAGAGACUGACUUUAUGGGAACACACUUUCCUUUGUAUGCUGGUAUUGUUAGUAGUCGAUUCCGUAAAGGGGUUGAACGAAAAAAUUUAUUGGUGAAAGUUGAGAAUUUUUUUUUUGACGUUUUUCAUAAUCUACCUGACACCUUUAUAAGAAAUGUAUUUUUUUAUUUAAGUAAUGGUGACUUGGAAAGCUUACAAAGUAGACUGUAAUCAAAUUUAUA